UUGAAUUCGUUACAUACAUAAUAGUUUUCGCAAAUUUUUAUAAUUCUAAAAUAAAACCGAUCGAAACUUUUAUAAUGAAUUAUAAAACAUUUCAUAAAGGAAAGUAUUACGUGACAUUUAAACGGGGGUUUGAAGAUUGCAAGAGGGAUAUUACAGUGACAGUCGACAAAGUUUUUGAAAACGAUAAUUUGAAAUUAUCACUGUCAGAUGACGAUGAUCCUACAUUUUUAUGUGUGUUAAGUAUAACUCGUAUUGACUAUGAGGAUUUGAAGAAACAGCAGGGACUUCUGGUAGAUUUUGACAAUUUCCCAGCACAAGUGGUAAGGCUUUUGCAACAGUGUGCAUCUAAUAACAUGUUUUUAAUAUUGCAACAGACUAAUCCAGUCCAGUACUACCUUGAGGUGAUUGAGCACAAUGAAUUCAAGCGACUUGUUCAUUUGUCAUUGAAGACUAGCCCGGCUACUGACACUGAUAUUAAACGGCAUAUGGCCAACACAAUCAAUCAUUUAAAAAAAUCUCUGAGUUCUGUUAAAAGCUCAGCAAUGAGCAAUGAAGCUUUGUGGAAUGACAAAUGUCAGAAUAUGGAUAGAAAAAUACAUGACUUGACACAUGUAGUGUCAAAAAUGGAAGAGGAUAAAAUGCGAAGGGAGGCAGAGUACCAAAAAAACUUAGACCAAGAAAGAGAGAGAAUGGCGCAGGAAAGACAGCAAUGGCAAAAAAAUGCAGACAUGAAUAUGAAAGCGCAACUAGCUGUUUCACAAGAAAAUUUUACUAGAAAAGACAAACAAAUUGAUGAAAUAAAUUUAAUUUGUAAGCAACUAAAGGAAAAUGUGGCACAUUUGGAGAAUCAAUUGGGUGAAAAAACUCAGAGAUUAAACUUGCUAGAAAAAGAAGUUCAAAAGUCACACAUUGAAGUAGCAACAUUAAAAGCUAAGAAUGUCUCAUUAGAUCGAGAAGUAUCAGAAAAGGAGAAACAAUACAAUCAAUUGAAUUCUAGAUGUGUUUAUUUGGAGAAGGUCGUCAAAGAAAAUAGUGAUACAAUAAAAGAAUUGAAUAACACAAUACAAGUGUUAAAGAAGGAUAAAUCGACCUUGGAGGAGAAAUUAGCACUCAGUGAAACUCUUGUAAAUAAAAACAAUAGUGCAUUCCAAUCAACAUCUGAACAAUUAUUAAAAGCUAAUCAGAUAAUUUCAAAACAAAAUGCUGAUCUCAUUGAAAUGAAAGAAAAGCUGUUAUGCCGGACAGCAAUAGCAUUAGAACAAGAAAAAGUCAUAGAAAAUAAUGCUAAAGAAUUAGAAGAUUUAAAAUCUCACAUAACAAGUUCAAAUCAAAAUAUUGAUAAGCUCAUGAAAGAACUAGACGAUAUCAGAAAGAAAUAUGAAUGCAAUGAAAAAACUCUUCAAGACAGAGAUGAGACUAUUAAAAAUAAUAAUAUGGUUAUACAAUGGUUACAUAAAAAACUGGAAGAUCAUUCACCACCAGUUACGCUACACAGUAGAAGUAAACACAACUCUCCUAGUGCAAGCAGUUCUACACCAUAUGUCAUGGACAAAAAUAACCACACUACUCUAGCAAGCGAUGAAUCUAUUGACUUUUAUGCGACAUCAAAGUUAUCAAGUAUAAAUGACAGUCCAGGAUCUCAAGCAAUGGACCAAAACACAAAAGUUGGACUAGAUCCAAAAUAUCUUCAACCAGCUGUGAAUAGUGGUAAAGGUUCUAAAGAAAAAUUGGGGGAAACACAAAUUCCUAAAGGAAAAGAAAAUAUGAAUAUAAAUCUUCCUAAAGUCAACUAUAAAGAGAAGAAAUCUUCGCGGCCCAGCACUUAUCGGCUUACCCCUGUAUCUGCAUAUUUCCCCUAAUAUUGUAUUAAUUUAUUUCUAACAAUCAAGUUAGUUUAUAAUUAUAAAAUAUGUAAUGAAUAGUGCAAUAAAGGAAAUUAUAU